UGUGUGUGUGUGUACGUGUGAGUGUGUGGGAGCAUAAAGGAGUGUAUAGUGUGUGUGUGUCUGUGUGAGUCAGUGAGCGGGGGCGUGCAUGUGAGUAUGUGACAGGGAAAGAGAGAUAAAGAGAGAGACGAUGGACAGAAAGAAGGAGAGAAAGGCCCAAGUGUCAGGUUCCUCUUUUCAAUUCAGAGGCUCAACUUGUUUUUAAUCUAGAAAAGAGGGUGAAAACAGGAGGAAAGGAGAUGAGACAGCUUGGAACUUGAGCUGCUGACAGCUGUUUUUGUCCCUUCUUUUCUCACCCCUCAUUCUAUCGUUCUGUUUCUGUCUCUCUCUCCACAGUGUCGUGCUGUUUGCGUACCCAAAGCACUUCUUUAAACACUAAUACAACUGCCCAUAAAACGGUGCCUGUUACCAUGAAGAGAAGGUGUGUUUCAGGCUUUUCAACAGCCUUUCAAAUCAAAUCUUUCUCUCUUCCUGUGACGUUUCACUCACCGCAUCCUGGUUUUGACUUCACUAGACGCCAAGUUACGGUAGAUGCCGUCUCACCCUUUUCCUGUCAAUCCUCAGCUCACACACACACACACACUCACACACACACACACACACACACACACACACGCUCAUAUAUGCUCUCAUAGGCUGUGUUUUUCUCACGACGCUGGCUGAAGCGCACGUAACACGCUGGAUGUGAAAUAAUUACAUACCAUUAUGGUAGGGUACUGUCCAAUCUGUGGGAAGCCCGUCUACUUUGGGGAGAAGAAGAGGUCCUUAGGGAGGGACUACCACCCUCUUUGUCUCAAGUGUCAAAGGUGCAACAGACAGCUCACAGCUGGACAACAUGCUGAGUAUGACGAGAAGCCAUAUUGUUCCCACUGCUACCUGAAGAUGUUUGGUCCAAGAGGUAACAGGUGACGGAUUUUGCCAAGGCUCAGAGACACCAGACUCAACCAACAUGGGCAAAUGUUGACAUGAGCCUAAAGACAUGAAAGUUCGGAUUAUUGGCCCUAAAUCAAGACCAAAAAGAUGGAUAAAUAUGAAUGACGGACAGAUGUCUAACAGUCCGUCCACUUUAGUUGUCUAUCGUUUACACCUCCACAAAAUUAAGUAUUUAUAAAUGUGUGAUGACCACUGGAUUCCACGUGUAGGUGAUUGUUCACUUUUAUAAUGUUAAUAAACUAUGAUUGUAAAUUGUAGGUCUGUAUAAAUAAAUGCAUUUUCUAACAUGA